AUGCGCCUCAUCAAUGUCACCACGCUCGACAUUGAAGAAUUCUUCGGCGAGGACGUGCCGGAAUACGCCAUCCUGUCACACACCUGGGACCCCCAGGAAGUGACGCUGCAGGAAUGGUCGCGCCGACACGAACCAUCCGUCUCGUCAAAGUCCGGCUACCAGAAAGUCCUUUCCGCCUGUCGACUGGCCAGCGCACGCCACUUGCGCUACGUAUGGGUCGACACCAACUGCAUCGACAAGACGAGCUCCGCGGAGCUGUCUGAAGCAAUCAACAGCAUGUUUGACUGGUACAGCGAUGCCCAAGUCUGUUUUGUCCAUCUGCAGGAUGUCGUCUUUGACCCGGCGGCAUCCGCUGCCAGCCCCGACUUGACCGCCCUGUUCAAGUCCUCUCGAUGGUUCACACGAGGCUGGACGCUGCAGGAGCUCCUGGCGCCCGAGUUCCUUCGCUUCUACGACAGGGACUGGACGCACAUGACGGACAAGAGGCUGUGCCUCGACGCGCUUUCUCUCGUCACGUCCAUCCCCGCCCAGGUUCUCGAAUGCCAGAGAAACAUACGCGGGGCCAGCACUGCGCAGCGCAUGUCGUGGCUGUCGCGGCGAAAGACGAAGCGCCGCGAAGACAUGGCAUACUGCAUGUUUGGCAUCUUUGGCGUCAACCUACCCCUGAUGUACGGCGAGGGCGACAGGGCAUUUACCCGCCUGCAGGAGGAACUCAUCCGCUCGUAUUAUGAUCAUACCAUCUUUUGCUGGUCAUGGCCGGAGCUCGUCGUACGUCCGGAAUGGCUGUCUGCACUCGCACCUUGUGCCGCUGCAUUUGCCAACUCGGGAAAAUACGUUCAGCGUCCUGGUGCUGGCAUAGGCAGGCUGCUUGACGGGUAUUCAGUCACCAACGUUGGGAUCCGCAUUCAGCUCCCCAUUCUCUGCAGCUCCUCCGUGGCAUAUUAUGCCUUUCUAGACGCGUAUGUGGAAGGCAUGGGCGCGGAGACCUGCGUCGCCAUUCCGCUCCAGCGCCCUUCCACGAGUUGGAUCUCAGAAACAAUCUUUUGGCGCGCCAAGUAUCCUGAUGGACCUAUAGUUCUGCCACACAGCUGGGCUGGAGCUAGUCUUGGUGUGCGCCUCGCCAAGCCAGGGACACAGCCCGCGGACCACGGGUACAGCGACUAUGCUCUGGCGCUUCUCCCUGACCAGGGUACCGAUUAUUGGCCUCGCAUCCCGCAUUCAAGAUUCGCGGUGCUGGCGCUGGAGAGUAUUCAUGGAGCGAACAGCUCCAACAACAUGGUGCUGUAG